AUGAAAACCGCCUUCGUAUCCGCUGCCGCACUCGUCUCCGCCGCUGUCUACUCAAGUGCCGCCAAAUGCGACCUGGCCAAGAUCGAGAGUUUGCUAUACCCGAAUGCAACCCAAGGUCUCGCCAACUGCGAGAACGCCACAGGCAUUAACAUCUUCGGGGUGAUCGAAUUUCCUACAUCGGAGCAGGUCACGGAGCUUUCGCAAAAUGUAGACUGCGCCGACUACCUUAAUCAGAUUAACCGGGUGGCCAACGCCGAGACUCAGUGCAACGUCACCAUUGAGGGCGUCAGCAUCAAUUUUGGAACGCUUAUCGCUGAGUUUCUUACUGGAAAAACCGGCAACGAGUCCGACUCCGGUAGCGGCUCCAUCGAGAUUCGGGAUGCCAGCAACUCAGGAUCGACGCAGCUUGACAACACGCCGACCAAUUUUGGACCCACCAUUGCCCCGAAGUCCUCCGCUUCUGCCUCUGCCUCAGGUGCCCGUGCUCUUUCAUUCGUUGCCUGCUGUGUCGCUGCCACCCUCGCGCUGGCGUUGCAGUAA